ACCGUUAAUACACCCCGCGCUAGCCGUUGGCCUUCCCUGCAACUCACGCAGUCUCUCUCUCUUUCUUCUUUCAGAAGAGAGUCCGAAUUUCUGUUUUGGAUCCCAAACCCUAACCCUAAUUAUGCACUCUUUUGAUCCCAAUUUAAGCCUCCUCUUGAUUCACGAAUAUUGAUAACAUAAACCUCUGUAGUUAUUGGAAUUCUAUUUAUUGUCUGAUCUAGAAGACAACAAUGAUUGCACAUGAUCCGACCGUUUAGGGUCUCGGAUCUGGGGGUGAAUUGGAGUCGCGGUUGAGGAGGAUGUCGAAUCUAUAUGGGGAUUAUAAUCAGAAGAUCGAUUAUGUUUUCAAAGUUGUAUUGAUCGGCGAUUCCGCGGUGGGGAAAUCUCAGCUCCUAGCGAGAUUUGCUAGGAAUGAAUUCAGCGUUGAAUCCAAAGCGACAAUAGGGGUUGAGUUUCAGACCAAAACCCUCGCCAUUGAUCAUAAGACGGUUAAAGCGCAGAUUUGGGAUACCGCUGGCCAAGAAAGGUAUAGGGCAGUAACAAGUGCAUACUAUCGCGGAGCCGUUGGGGCGAUGUUAGUUUAUGACAUGACCAAGCGUCAAUCAUUUGAUCACAUGGCAAGGUGGCUAGAGGAACUGAGGGGACACGCUGAUAAAAACAUUGUUGUCAUCCUCAUAGGCAACAAAUGUGACCUGGGAAGUCUGCGAGCAGUGCCUACAGAAGAUGCUCAGGAGUUUGCCCAAAGAGAGAAUCUAUUUUUCAUGGAGACAUCAGCUCUAGAAUCCACCAAUGUUGAAACUGCAUUCUUGACAGUGCUUACUGAGAUUUACCGGAUAAUCAGUAAGAGGCCCCUUGCUGCCAACGACGCGCAUGAUUCCACUGGUAAUUCGGGACUUCUGAAGGGAACGAGGAUUAUAGUUUCCGGCCAGGAGCAGGAUUCUGCAAAGACUGGUGGCUGCUGCCGGUCGUCCUAGUUUUUUUUUUUUUACAAAAUUUUGUCCUUGAAAUUUGGAAUUAUUUUAACAAAAACACACAUUUUAUGUAGGAGAAGUGGGAUAAUAAUAUUGGAUUCCUA